AUGGACAUACGGUCCUUCUUCGGCCCUUCCUCGGGAGGGGCAGGCGGUGCGGCCAAAUCCAAGCCCAAGCCCAAGACACCGGCAUCGGCGAGCAAGAAGGGCGGUGGCCAGGCCAAGUCUCCGAGCAAGAAGGCCACCGCUAGCAGCAGCAGCAGCCCCAAGAGCAGCAGCAAGGGUGGUGUCGGCAAGAUGACUUUGGAGAGCACCUCCAAGACCAAGGCUUCUCCGAAAAAGGGGCAGGGUGCGUCCUCCCAAGCAGCAGCAGCAGCAGCAGCAGCAGUAGCAGCAGCAGACGACAGCGACGACGACGUGGUCGAAGUGACCCCGCAGCCCGCCAAAAAGAAGACGAAGAACGCCUCCUCGGGUUCACCCGCAGAGGCGAGUCCGGGCAAGAAGAAAGCAGCAGGAAGGGGCUCGAUAGCAACAACCAGUGGUAGCAGCAGCAGCAGGAAGAGAGCGGCGAAGUCGGCCGUGAAUUACAAGGAAGACGAUGAUGAUGACGGUGAGGGAGGGGGGGGUGACGAUGAUGACGACGACGAAGCCUUCAGCGGUUCCGACGCGAAAGACGAGGAAAGCGACAAGGACGACGACGACGAUGACGCCGACGAUGACGUCACGGCCAAGUCCCGCAAGCGGAAGUCGGGGGGCUCGCCGGCGCUCAAGGCGGCGCCUAAGGCGGGGGCGGCGGCCCCGUCGCCAAACAAGUCCAGCGUGAAGAAGAAGAAGAGAGCGGUUGUGGAGGGGGAUGACGAGGAUGACGACGUACAGGAAGUCACCAGCUCCAAGCAUUUCUCUUCGGCGACAACCAAGAAGAGGUCGGCGGCACCGGGCGGCGGCAGCAGCAGCAGCAGGAAAACGACUACGUCGUCCGCGGUAGACCUUGGCGGGACCUCAAGCGACGAAGACGACGCACAAGAAGAAGUUGCGCCCACCCCGCCACCGAAAAAGAAGCCGGCGCCGGCUAGCAGCAGCGGCAGCGCGAAGAAGACGCCCGGCGGCGGCGGCUUUCGGCCGGCGUGGCGUGGCGGGACGCGCCUCGCGCCUCCGAACGAGGGGAAGAAGGAGGUACCCUCUGGGAAGGAGCAGUGCCUUGCGGGGAAGGCGUUCGUGGUAAGCGGGGUGCUGGACUCGCUCGGGAGGGAGGCGGCCGAGGAUCUGAUCAAGCAGUACGGUGGCAAGGUGACCGGCGCCGUGAGCAGCAGGACCCACUUCCUGGUGCUGGGUACGGUGCUGGAUGACGGUCGGCCGCCGGAAGAGGGCAGCAAGUACAAGAAGGCCAUGGUGAUGAAGACAACAAUCAUCGACGAGGACGGCCUGUUCAAGAUGCUCCGAGACUCCAACCCCAAGGGGCAGCAGCCGUCGGGGGGUGGGAGCCAGGACCCUUUGUCGGCAGCAGCGGCUUCGGCCAGCAAGCCCAAAAAAGCGGUCGUGAACCCGUACGCCUCCAUGCAGGCGGCCACCAAGAAGAAACCCGUCGUUAACCCUUACGGUGCCGCUGUCAUCGCCGGCGGUAAGGGGAAGGCGCCGGCGGGGAAGUCUCCGGCUGCGGCUUCCUCCUCCUCCUCCUCCUCCUCGAAGGCUGAGCGCGGGGCGGGAGCGGCGGCGGCGGCGGCUGUCUGCCAGAACCCCGGCCAGAUGUGGGUGGACAAGUACAAGCCGACUAGUUCGUCGGGGGUCAUCGGGCACGCCGGGCAGGUGAAGAAGCUCAAGGUCUGGCUGCAGAACUGGGAAGGGUGGCACCUCAAGGGCGCCAAGGCUCCGACGGGUAAAGACAACCCGGGCGCGCGCGCGGCCCUCCUGUCGGGCGUGCCGGGGGUGGGCAAGUCGUCCACAGCGACGCUGGUGGCCAGAGAGAUGGGGUACCACGUGAUGGAGCUCAACGCGAGCGACACCCGCAGCAAGCGGUCGCUGUCUGAGGAGCUGGCGUCGGUGAUCGGCAACAAGGUGCUGUCGUUCACGGCGAACGGGGGAGGCGGCGGAACCACGACGGGGGGGUUCCGCAAGCAGCUGGUGGUCAUGGACGAGGUGGACGGAAUGGGGGGCUCGGACAGGGGCGGCAUCCAGGAGCUCAUCCUCCUCAUCAAGAAGAGCAGGGUGCCGAUCAUCGCCAUCUGCAACGACCGCCAGCACCAAAAAAUUAGGUCCUUGGUGAACCACUGCUACGACCUGCGGUUCGCGAGGCCUCAGAAGGUGACCAUCGCCAAGCGGGUCAAAGCCGUGGCGAAGAUGGAGGGGAUGGACGUCGACGACAACGCGGCGGAGAUGCUCGUGGAGGCCAACGGGAACGACAUCCGGCAGGUGUUGCACGCGCUUCAGAUGUGGAGCCGGAAGUCGUCGAAGAUGACCUACAUGAACCUCAAGGGAGGCAUCUCUGCCAUCGAAAAGGACAAGAAUCAGAGGAUGGGGCCCUUCGAUGCUGCCCGCAGCAUCCUCGGGGGGGCCUCCCGGACACCGCUUCGCGACCGAUACGAGCUCUUCUUCACCGACUACAGCCUGCUGCCCCUGCUGAUCCACCAGAAUUACUUGUCGAGCCUGAUGCAGGUCGAUGCCAAAGUAAGGACGGACGUAACUGCCGCGGCGUCCGCGGCGGUAAGCGACGCCGACAUCAUCAGCGGGAAGAUGAGGGGGGACGUCCAGCACUGGGAGCUCCUGCCCGCGCAGGCGGCCCUGAACGUGAGGGUUGGGUCCGUCGGCGGCGGCAGCCUGGGCUUCCCCGAGUUCCCCAAGUGGCUGGGCAACUACAGCCGGGAGAACAAGCUCCGGCGGCUGCUGGGGGAGCUGUCGACACACCUCAACGCCAGCGUGAGCGGCGGCACAGAGGCAAUAAGGCUGUCGUACAUUCACUUCCUGAAGAGGCUGCUAACCCAGCCGUUGCGAGAAGAGGGCGUUGCGGGGGCCCCGGCGUGUGUGGACCUCCUGGAGGAGUACGGUCUGUCCAGAGACGAUCUUUUCGAGGUGUUGCCGGAGUUCGUGCUGAGCGGGAAGGGCAUGAAGCGUCCCCCCCUAGACGUGUUCGGCUCCAUCGACUCCAAGGCGAGGUCGGCGGUCACGAGGUGCUACAAUGCCCAGGCGCACAAGUCUCAGGCGCUGGCCGUGGCCCUGCAGGCGCCCAAGAAGGCCAAGAAGAGAAAAGCUCCCCCCAAGUCUGUGUCCAUGGAGGGAGAGGAAGAAGACGAAGACGGGGGUGACGAGAGCGAGGAGGAGGAGGAGGAAGACAACGACGUGUCGGCCUUCAAGAAGAAGGGGAAGUCCCGCUCCUCUCCCGCGGCCUCCAAAAAGGGCAAGGCCGCGACCACCCCCCGAUCCAAAAAGACCAAGAAGUGAGGGGAGGGAGGCGGAGUUACAAAGGCAGGCGGAGAUACGACUGUCGGAGAUACGACAAGACAGACGUGGAGAUCACACAGACGGGCUCAACUAUCCCCGGUGUGGCCGGGCUGCGCAUGCGUCCACACGCUUUCUGUCGCUGGUAUGGCACGCGUGGCUGCAGCGAUGAAAGCGAGAGCCAGCGGGUGUGCGAUCUAUUGUGGUGUAUCUUGUGUGUUGGCGACGGCGGUGGCGACCGGAGAGGCGGGUGACAAGCAUCGCUUUUUUCGAGAGUCGGGGUCACAUUUUCGCCUCCAGACCAACAUGCAGCGCGGGCAGCGAUGGAGGUACUGGCUGAAUUUUUGCUGUGAUUCGGCGUGCUGCGGGAGGAAUGGCGUUGUUCGGGUGUAAGGCAUUGAGUUCAAUACCACGGGUCCCCUAUUCCGGAAGGUACAGUCGAGUUGGAAACUGGAAAUUGAACCAGAUAGCAUUAAGGUGCUGAGCAGAGGAGACCCGGUUGAUUUUUGAUCCGAAGCCACCAGCAACAACAACAACAACCUCUUGUGAGUGGUCAAAGAGAGGAAGCAGCGGUUGGCGGUUUGCCCAGUUUUGGUAGGGUGCGGUUGGCCCGCUCGUAUCGAAGAGGGCACCGGGUCACAAACAGGACGAGCGAGGCGUGUGAGGGUGAAAACGGAUUACUCUGCGAUGUUUGAGUGUUUCUGCGUUGGGAAUGAAACGAGGGGCAGCAGCGCUCGUGUGUUACGGCACAGCAGCGGCGGCGCUAAGGUAAACGAAAGCGGUGUUGCGAGCUUCGCUGUCCCCCUAGAGAUAGGGUAGACAAUGGGGCGGCGGUUGUUGCUGUUGUUAUGUCUGGUGUGGAGCACAUCCUGUGAAAACUGCCGCUGGGUCCAAAACCUGCUGGGCAUUUCGAUCCCCCUUUUGAGAAGAGGUAAACAAUGGAGGGUCGGUUGUUGCUGUUGUUGUGUCUCGGGUGUGGAGCACAUCCUGUGAACAUUCUUGCCGAGUCAUGGCCAUGCCUGUAGUCGGAGUUGCAUCUGGUCAAUCGGCGAUACUCCCCCGGGGGUGGCGUGGAUCAUUUUUAUCAAGAGUCACGCCCCCCUCCCCCCCCUGGCUAGCUGUCUGCUUUACCCGCGCGUGCUUGAUCUACAUACCUGCGGCGUUGUACAGGUUUAUGCAAGGUGAACAGGAGCUAUGCGAUAAGGAAGCUUGGAAGUAAUUAACGGUUGAAGGGCGGCCUGGGGGGGUCGAGGGACGGGCGAGGGGGGGGAGGGGGGUGUCUCGAUUGUAGUAUCGUCGUCAGCGUGCUUGAUGAGAGAGAGGCGUGUGUGUCCAGAGAGAGGCGCGUGAGUCAUCAUCAAUUGUCAUUAAUUUUGUUCUGCGGUCGCGUAGCGGCCUGUGAGAAAUCGCCAGGCGAACGGUGUAGGUUGCCGACCUCACCAAGUUCAGUUGGCAGUAGUCGAGGGGAGGAGCAUGCCAACCGACCUACCUCUUCGCUUUGUCUCUGACUCACGCGUCUUCGGGGCGUGUGUCCAGCUGUUAGGUGUAAAUUAUUUUUUGUUGUCUUUCUAGAAACCUUCCGUCAAGGGGGGAGGGGCACCCCAACCGACCUGCCCCUUUCCUUUGCCUCUGACUCGCGUGUCUCCGGGAGUAGAAGGGGGGUAAGGUCCGGGCGCACUUAUGUGUUGCAUGCCUUAGCGGUUAGACCAUCCAGCACGUGUCCUCAAGAGGACGUAGCGGGGUAGGGGGGAUAAAAAGAAAGGCCUGCGCGGGGGAAACAUGUACUCAUAGUAACAUAUUAGACUUAGUGGCCUUCGCCAAUACUCUGGAGUAUUCAGCAAGCAAGUCAGAUCGCAUGGAUCUCCCAGCGGCCUACAGAAUCAACACCAGGCCGGAUAUACGAGAACCGGAUCGUACUCUGCGGAGAGGCAUUUGU